UUCCAUUCAAUUUCAAUUAGCUAUACAUACUGCUAUUGCUUAUCUUUUUGAUAACUCAGUUGUAUUUGUUGACUAUUCGAUUGUUUAGUUAUUUUCAAUUUGCAAGUUUGUGAAUUGAGUUUGAUUCUAAGACGACUUUGCUUACAUUCAUUAUAAAGCUACUACUGGAUACAGUCUUAAUUAGUCAGCGUUAAUAACUAAUCAAAGGGCGAGUAAGGUAAUUUGAUAUUAAACCUUGUGCAACAUUGAAACGUAGUCAAAAUGUCUUUGUACCCGUCGCUUGAAGAUAUGAAAGUAGACAAUAUGGUGAGGGCCCAAAUGGCUCAACAGCAGGGUCCGCCAGCCUACCAACCGUAUCAGUCAAUAGGAGCUCCUGUUGGGCCUCAAGCGGCUCCCAGUGCACCAAGACAUGUUUAUCCAGCUUUAGGUGAAUACAUGGGUUUAGAGCUUUCAUCUGAUAUUAUUGCUCUUAACAUGCCUGAGUACCAGAUACAAACAGUUCAACCUUCGGGUGCAGUGUGUAAUAUAGUUGCACCUCUUUCAUCACAGUCACCCAGUUUAUUAAAAGCAACUGUUACUCAAGGAAUAAGACCAGUAAUUCUAUGUAAAGAUAAAGAUGGUAAAUGUGGAUUGCGAUUACAUUCAGUUAAUGGUGGGGUGUUUGUAUGUUAUGUUGCUGCUGGUAGUCCUGCUGCCCUAGCUGGAUUAAGAUUUGGUGACCAGAUAUUGGAGAUCAAUGAUGUUGCUCUGGCAGGAAUGACUAUGGAUCAAUCUCAUGCACUCCUAAAGAAAGCACCAGUUAAUGGUAUCAAAAUGGCAGUUCGUGAUAGGCCUUUUGAAAGGACUGUUACUUUGCACAAAGAUUCCCUCGGUCAUGUUGGCUUCCAAUUUAAAGAUGGAAAAGUAGUUGGUCUCGUAAAGGAUUCAUCGGCUGCUCGUAAUGGCUUGUUGACUGACCAUCAAUUACUUGAAAUAAACACUAUAAAUGUGGUGGGCAUGAAAGAUAAGGAGAUAUCAAAGGUUAUUGAUGCAAGUCCAUCAGUUGUUAAUGUAACAAUUAUUCCACACUAUAUCUACAAGCAUAUGAUAAGCAAAAUGUCUAGCAGCUUGUUCAAGGAACUGGACCGUACACCUGCUGUAUAAAAUAUAUAUUAAGCAGAUAAAUGUCUUUAUGGAAUAUUUAAAAAGAAGCACUACAAUUUAUCCAAUAGCUAUUCUAUUAAGCACAUAUUUUGAAUAUUUUUCAUAAUUAUCUAAUUAUUUAAGUCAUUAUUAUAAAUUAAUUUAAUUAUUCACAAUCACUUGAAUCAAAAUAUUUGGUAGGUGUAGAGGGCUAUGUUUGAGCUAUAACUCCUUUGUUUAGCGUGUCUUAUUUCGCCUUAGCUUUGGUGCUCCAUUUAUGGCUAUAUUAUUAUCGAAAUCAAGAUGUGCGACCAUCACUUAUUUUAGUUUUUAUAUUAUAAUGUAAUAGUCAGUAGGGGCUGUGAAGAUACUAGAGUUGCUUAUUUAUUUGUUCAGAAUUUAUCAAAACAAAAAGUUACUUUUUAAAUUUUGAGUCUUUUGUAAUAAUAUUAAUUAACCAUAGCAACGUAAUAUAUCUGUAUGUUAGUUUCAAUUGUGAUAAAUUUAAUUAUAAUGUGAUUACUUUUCACAUUAUAUGAUAAGAGUAUCAUCAAAUCAAUAUUAAAUUCAAAUCUAAGUAUAUUAAUGCAAAUAGAUGUUUAUAAGUGCUACAUUAUCCUUAUCAAGCAUUGACCCUGUUGCAGAUUGUUUAUUUAACUGAGCAAAAUGUUAAUUUAAACUUAAAUGUUACAUAUGCUUUGCAACAUAAAAUAUAUGAGAUAAUAAAUAAAUUAUGUAUGUUGCAUUAUAGAUCUUAAAUUAAAUUGUGUUGACUUGUUAAUAAAUUAAACAUUUACGAAUUUUAAAAGAAGUAAAGCCUUUAAUUUGAACUUAUAAUAGCAACAUUAUUAUCUUUGCACCUUAAGUUAAAUUCACAUUCCUGGAAAAAUUGUAUGAACCCUUUCUUAUGAAAUAAUGAACAAACAAAUUACUAGUUUGUAAGUAAAGAAUAUUGUCACGUUUUGUAUAAGAUAAAUUUAUAUUAAGCUGAAACAAAAAUAGAUAAAAUACCUGCAGACUGCAACUGGAAAUCACACAAAACUAUUUUUUAUUUUUUAAUAUUUUUUUCUAAAUUAGUUUAAUAUAUUUGUUUUAAGACAAGGUAAAUAAUUUUUAAUUAAUAUUUUGUGCUCGGUGAUCCAAAGAGAUUAUUUUUGUGCCAUUUUUUUUAUGAAAGAACUGUAAAUUUAGUUCAAACAUUUUUUUUGGGAAUACAUUUUAUUCUAAAAAGUAA